ACGAAAGCAAAGGAGGCACUGGGAGCGACAAUGCUCCGAUCUUCUUGUGGCAAAUCCUCACCCUCGAUGUACGCAGCGGUCGCUGGAUAGUGCACAGUUGCAAACUGCGCCUAGAGUAGAGUGGAUUCCGAACGCACACAACCAAAUUGCUCCUGCAGGUUUUGUAUGGAUUUUUGUGGGUGAAUUCGGCCUCCUUGUUACGGAAAUGAGUCACGAGCCAGCAUUACAAGAGAAGGCGGAUUCUCGUUCCGAGAGGGUGCUGCUAAUUCGAGGUUGAUUUGACCAGUUGCUGUUCGCAAACGAUGGUUUUGAUCGAUAUUGGAGAAGAUGCAAUUCAGGCUCUGUCAGCGACUGUCGAUACGGCUAGCGAGAGCCAGGUGGAGGCCUUGGGAAUUGCCGCAUUGGCGGUCAUCUUAGGGCUGGAGAGGGAGGACACUGCGCUUGUUUGUCCUGCUUUGGAGGAUAUGGAUGUAGAUAUGAUUAAGCGAACUUAUUCUGCUCUAGUUUGCCUUUUCCUCGAGGCAGCAAAGAACGACAGGUCUCAAUCGGAGGUGGUGUUGUUUUUGAGAAGCGAGUGCGGGUUUGCAGAGGCGAGAGGCGAUCUUGUUGCUCAGUUGUUUACGGGUAAAAAAGACGAUCUUCGUGGGCUUUUGUCUCAAACAGCAAACCACAGCUAUCUGCCACAUCUGGAGGGCGUCGAGUGGAAGUUGGAGUAUUGUGUCCCAGCUCCUGAUAAUCCUGCUGUGAGAGAGCUUCUGUAUCGAGUUUGCUUAAACACUAUCAACAGAGAAGACGGCAGGGAAGAUAAGCUGGAGUUUGUUGCUAGCGUUGAGGAAUUACAGGACUUGGUAUCUCGCCUCAAGGAUGCAUGCAAGUCAGUUGAGAGAGCCGUGCAAAGAUGACAGCGGAGGCUACUGAUCGACAACCCUCUUUGAAGCUCAGCACCGCUGGAUUAUACAGAGUAAUCAGCAAAACUAAAUUUGAGGGACGCACAAGGAAGGAUUCACCAGGGAUACGAGAUCUCCGUUCAAGGUAGAACGAGUAACUGCUGAGAGCUAGAGUGAUUUGUAUCUCAGCUCAGGUCGCGAUCAAUUUGGACAUCAUGGAAGUGAUUCUACGGAGGAGAGGUUGGCUGGCAGAUGAUUGUUAUCUGAAGCAUUUGAAAAUUGAAGUGAGUUAUGUAACGUAAAGACAGACUUCAGUCGAGAUAAGGGCUAUGCAAGGCGAUGUCUCGCGUAUUAUAUCUGUUUGGCUUUCUAACUUGGACAUCAGUGCUUUUCGGCUCGUUUGAAGAGUUUGGCUGUUUUGUGAAAUACCGAUCCAUUUACAGUCUUCUUGUACCAAUACACGCAAUAGAGGACAUUUACCAGGCUUCCACGACAAAUCUAAAUUGGGAUUUAAUAUGGCCCGAGAUAGGAGAGCAUGAUCUCGUAGUGUGAAGAGUCCGAUUCUGUUGUCGAGAAUAGUCCUGCCUUACCCAAAUCUAGAUUAUCGUUUUCUGUCAGUUAUGGUGGAACAUCGAUUGUGAACUGCGGCUUCUCAUGAUUUGUGGGUGUCUUCUCAAGAAGAUGGCCCUUGAAAAUCUGUAUCUCAUCUAGAUUCUUACCGAAUUCCUCAAAAACUGCAUGGUGGUUAUAUCAAUCAACCAAUAUACACACCGAUCCCACAAUUCAGAGACAACUCUGCUGGUGUCGGAUGGUUUAUCCAUGAAGGAUUACGGCGGGAAUGUAAAACAGAUGCAACAUUGCUGGGUAAUAAGUCUUGCACAUUCGGGUGCAUCAGACGCAGACAUCUGAGCAAAGGCGGAAGAGGUUACGGAAAUGGUGAGGUUGGGUAAACUGAAAACUUGUAGAAUGUGGGCUGUCCUUUCUUUCGUCACAUUGAUAAGGCCAAGGAUAACUUUAUUUUAGGUUGGCUGAUAAAUGCGCCACUUACUGAAUUUCGUACAUUCCAAUUUUACAGGAUUGGCCUUUCAUAGCCCGCUUAGUAGGAUAUUUGAAUAAGUUAAUUAUCUCAUACUUUUUACCGGGAUGGUCUGUGACACAUCCCGAAGCCAGGGCGUUACUUGGGAACAUUUGAUGUCGUGAUGUUUGCAUGACUCGAAAAUGGAAGAUAUGACUGGAACGUUCCCGGUGUUGUCUCACACAGGAAACAAUUUGUGAGUGUCAACCCCGCAUGUACACCGUGGUCACUGAGGCUAUCGUCUUUCGUAGACUUCAGUUUAAGAAGACUUCAGGAUUGCGAAGAACAAGGUGAGCUUUUCUCAGUUGGACGAACUGGCAACGGUUUAUUUCCGUUCAGCUAACCCGCGCGUGUUGACAUGUCUUUGCUCAACGCUCUUGAAAACCCUUUAGAACAGGUAAGUACAGCUUGAAUCAACACGGCGUACAUGGUGGAUAUGCCGAAUCCAAGACAACGAUUGAAGUGAUUGCUCAGAGUUGUAAGUCAGAUGAUCGUCUCUCGGAGUAGCGCGGGGAACUACUCGAACGAAAUACGUCCCUGCAUUUAAAAAGAGCUGACCUUGAGCAUAUUCUUCAUGCUCAGCUAACACAAACAUCCAGCUUGAACGCUCCUUGCUUAAGGUUCUUAUAGUUUAUAUAAAU